GCCAUGGCCACCUUCCGAACCAGACCGUCCGCUCUGCUGCCCAUCGCCCUCCUUCUCGCCACCGCCUACGCUCACGGAGGCCACAGCGAGGUUCCCGAAGGCGAAGCCAUCUCCCCCGCCCCCAUCGAUGGCACCUUAUGGACACACAUUCUCGUCCAGUCCUUCGCAUGGGGCAUCCUCUUCCCGACCGGUAUGGUCCUCGGCAUGGUCAGGUCACGUUGGCAUGUACCCACGCAAGUCGCUGCCACCGCCAUCGCAGUCCCCGGAUACUUCCUGGGCCAUGCCCACAAAGGGCGACAAUUCGGUCCCAACGCUCAUGCCAAGUUCGCGAACUUGCUCAUGCUCAUCUUGAUUGUUCAGGUGGGGUUGGGGAUAUAUCUCAGGUUACACAUCGAAAGAGGCUUCUUGGGCACGAUCCGGAAAGGUCUAGUCAAAGCGCAUGCGAUAUUGGGAGGUCUGCUUCCUGUCAUCACUUGGGUGCAGUUCUUGUUUGGUGGAAUUGCUGCUCAAGGGUUCUGCCAGGGAGACCAUCUGGGCCAGUGCCUCGCUCAUUUCAUCAUGGGAUCCGCCUUCAUCGGCUACGGAAUCGUGAUGUUGCUUCUCCUGCUGAAUGGCCAGCCUUUCCUCGCACGGACAGGGAGGAGUCAGGAGUUCUUCGACAGCUCUGUCAUCGCCCUGUGGGGAUGCGUGAAUACGUUCACAGAGCAUCGAUGGGGAGGUCCUUGGGUCGCGAAUGAUCUGCAACAUACUUCAAUGGGAAUCAUAUGGUGGGCCGCAGGUCUGCUUGGCAUCUGGCUGUCAAGUGACAGACACGGUCGGCCAAAGAGGAAUCUCAUCCCAGGUAUAGUGAUCUUCAUGACAGGUUGGGGAAUGUCUGGACAUCCACAAAGUCUGGCCUUGAGUACCCAUGUCCAUGCAGUAUUCGGCUACACUCUCAUGGCCGCUGGACUUACCAGAAUCAUCGAGAUUUCUUUCGUGCUCAAGGACAAAAACACGCUGGUGGGGCCAGACGGGGGUGAUGUGGAUCUCGAGAUCAACAGCUUCCAGUUUCUGCCUCCUUUCUUGCUGGUUGCAGCUGGCUUCAUGUUCAUGGGCGCAACAGAAGAGCAGAUGGCCUUGUUGUCCAGCAAUAACGUCACGCACGUGUCGUACAUCCUCAUCCUGUACAGCAUCGCCUUCUUGAUGUUCCUUUACGUCAACAUGCUUCUGAGAUUAUACUCAGCAUACAAGGACCCAAACGCCGCGACAAAGUCGAUCACGCUUCACGAUGUAGAGCGGCCUCGAACCAACGGCGUGAUUGGACUACCGAUUGCUGGAGAUCGAGCAGCUGUAGAUGCUCAGGAUUUCGAGCUGGAAGGUCUAAUAAGUGACGACGAACGUGAACACUCAAAGACCAAUGGGAAGCCCAUCGAGGCGUAGCAGAGCAGACUUUGCCAUUUCCCAGAAUUUGUAUAGUCUUAUGAAAGUUAUAUUCCAGGCCUCUCCGAUUUCAGGGUGAGAUGUAUAGUAGGGAGCAUGUGUGAGAGUAGCUGUAUGAGCUGACCGAGACUGACUUGCGCAGCGAAGAGAGAUGGCGCGGAU